AUGCAAGCGAUUUUUCUAUUGUGUACACUCCUUGUAUGCAUUAUCGUCUUGUUGAAGUUAAGUUGGGGCGGUGGAGGCUUGGAUACCCAGAACUCAACAACUUCAAAUCCCGAGAUCGUAUUACCCAAGGACCCGCUUUUAUCGACUGAAUUGUUUAAGGAUGCAAUUAAACACAGAGCAAAGGAUAGCGAUUUGAUUACUAUCAAGGAACAAGAGCUUGUGAAAUCAAAAGCUAGAAUCCAUAAGCUUCUAUCCAUCCUAAGACGACAACCAACAGAAGAUACAUUUUCUAAAGGUUCUUCAGAUAAACUUGAAACCACCAAUGAGCCAACUAAUGUCGAGUAUGCAACCAUCAAUUGUAACCCAGUUCUUGAGGAGAAUUGCGACCCAGAUUCCAUUGGUAUAAGACUAAGUGCCACUUUACUAAAGAUUCUCGCAUAAGUUAACU